ACAUUGUCUGAAAUGCGCAAAUAAAGAUAAUGGAGGCGGAUCUCAAUCUAACGCCGCCGUCCGGCGCGUCGGGGACUAUAGUCUAAGUCGUGCGGAAACAACAGGAGCCUUUAGGACAAAAGAAACCCCUGUCGACUCACAGUCCAGAGAGGAAAAAAAGGUCUCCUGACGGUAUUUCCCAGGGAAGACGGAAGCCAUCGGCAAGGAGGACAACCGCUUUCUGCGUGUACCGUUAAAGAAAGCCGAGGCGAAAUGUCUUUGAACGAAAUCUGUCCAGUGAUAAUUAUUACAAAGACGAUGUAGUCGAAAAACCACAAAGGAGAUCUGGCGGCGAAGCACAUCAGAGCAACACGGAGCUGUGAUCUGGUUUCCAUUCUAUUCUAACUCUGAUCCUCCUGGAUAGUCCUUGGAUGGCCAAGAAAAGGUUCAAGUAAAAUAAACCCUAGCUUCCGGUCCAUGCAGAGAAUGGCUCAUGGGUGGGAUUCAUACUACCAAAACCUCCCAGCUCUAUCAUCGGAUUCAAGGACUUUGACAAUGACAUCAGAGUCAGAAGGGAGUCUUUCCCAGCAUUUAGAGAACUUCAUCGAACAUCAUGACUUUAUUCAUGACACAGUGGCUUCUCAAGAAGCCCCUGCUACAAACUCAAACUUCAAUGUGGACUAUUACUCAAAUCCCAGUAUUGGAAAUUCCAGUUCAGACUGUGUUUAUCAAAGAUACUACAGGGAAACGCAAUGGCAAGCCGAUGGAGAACAAAUGGAAAAGGAUUACUUGCCAAAUUGUGGAAAUAGUGAUAUCUCGGACUUUGCUGCAGAUGGAAUAUCGACAUCAGGAUCUUUUCCCUCGUCUUUUCCAACAGAUUUACAAGGACUUAAGCAAGACUGUGGGAUGCUAGCUUCAUCAUUUCUUGAGGACUACUCAGAUGUCAGUAGCUGCUCGGAUGCAGAUGCUGGUGAAGCAAGGCCUUCUUGUAAAUUCAUGGCAAGUAAUGCAGUUCCAAAAUCUAAGACUAAUGUUAGUUCAAAACAGCGUUCAUCAGAAUGGCUUUUCGACCAUACUGGAAAUAUGUUUCCGACUGAGCGUUUAUGCCCUAACAUGUCAGAGACUAAUGUAAUUUUGCCAAGUCCAUCUAAUGUGAAAGCAGGAGAAAACUUGCCUGGUGAUGGAAAAGAGGAGUACCCAGGUGGCAAUGAGAAUGAGCAGGUUACUGCUACUGCUCCAAAUAAUAAUAGGCAAGAUUACUUAGAUGAAAAAGUUCUAAGAAAGGAAAUGACUGAAUCAUUCAACCAAGAAAAUGAAAAUGAAGUCCUAAAAGGAGAAAGAAAAUCAGGUUUAUUGGAAAAGGAGGCUUUUGAUGAGCAGAAUUCUCAAAAUCCCAACUCCUCUGAUAGUGAAGAUGAAAAUAUGCAAACUGACUAUAAAGAGAGAGAAAUUACAUCAAAUACCUCUCAUUCUUCAGAUCUACUGCUUAUCAAGCUGUCUGAUUCUAAAGACGUGACUCCUGAACUGAGUGAAUACUCAAGUGCAUUGGAAAGCAACAGUCCUGAUCCUGAAUCCUGUUCGCAGUUACCUGAGCACCAGUCUAAAGAAAGUAUAGAUCAGGACAGUAUUUGUAGGAGCCCUGCUAUCAUGAAUGAUGUUCAUUUGAGCAAUGACAGUGGCAAAAAAGAGCAAAGUGUUGCAAGUCAUGCAGAAUCCUGCUUACAGUCACAUAGGUCCAUCACAGAUAUAAAUCUCUGUUUAGAUGAAAAUGGGACAGGCACAGCAGAGAAGACAAACACCAUUUCUUCUCCAGAUUCAAACUGUAGUGGUCUUUCUAUUGUUACUAGUGACAAGGACAAGCACAGUGUUGCUGAUCAUCUGGAAUUCAGCUUACAGGCAGACAGCUCGAGCACAUGCAUAGAUCCCUGUCCAGAAAAGGAAAUAACAGAUCCAGCAGACCAGAAAACUACAUCAUCUUCUACAGAUCCAGACUGUAAUGUUUCUGGUGUCGCUAGUGAGAAUCUUUCUAUUGAUACUAGUGACAAGAAUGAGCAAAGUGUUUCUAGUCCAGAAUCCUGCUUACAGCCAAACACCUCAAGCACCGAUGUAAAUCCCCAUGUAAAAAAGGAAUGGACAAGUCCAGCAGAGAAUACAAAUGCCACCUCUUCCCCGGAUCAUCAACAGUCACUAGAUCAAGGUCCAGUGACCUUAGAGUCACACAGUCUUGGUGCAGAUGUCGAUGAAAAUGCAAGAGAGUUAUUUGAAGAGUUUGACACAUCGACAGAGGAGCACUCAGUGCUGUAUGGCGAACCUCUGUCAAGAGAAGACUCUUCAUGUGACGCAGAUGAAACAAAACCUGGAACAAGUAAAUCUAAAGAAAUGUCUGUGGCCAGACCUGACAAGAGCAGCGUGGAUCAUUCAGAAAGACAAACACCUCAACUAAAAUCUUCUAGACAAAUGAGAAAACAUCUGCAUCCUGUGGUAAUAUUGAAUAGCUUAGAGUCAGUAAAUGAAACAUCAUAUCGUUGCGGAGAUUGCCAACACACGGCCUUCAAUGUAAGUAAUCUAAUUGAACACCACCACUGUCGCCAUGCAGGGCACAAUUUUCAGUUUUGCAAGACUUGUAAUCUCUAUCUGAUGAGGACUGAGCAAGCAGAAAAACAUUUGUGUGGUGUCACCAAUGAAAGCCCUCAGCUCUGCUCUGUUUCUGGCCUCCAGAGGAAAAGAAGACGCCAUGGCCAGCACAGUUGCAUUAAGUGCAAACUUGUAUUUUCAAAAAUAGUUCAGUAUAUCAGGCAUAUGCGGACUCACACUGGAAAAACACCUUACAAGUGUAAUGAAUGUGGAUUAUAUUUUGCACAGGCUGGUACCCUGCAAAGACACAAGCGUAUACCUGGUAGAUGCAAGCAGGCAAAAAUUCCAGUUACAAAUUCUGAUACUGUUACCAGCAAAACUAAAACACCACCACAAAAGGACUUGAUGCAGAACAAACCAUACGCAAAUACUCUGCCCGAAUGUUACGUAAAGCUUGUUGACAUCUCCAAGACCAAUCUGUGUAGUUUUUGUGGUAAAAGCUUCUCAACAGCAGAGAAGGCCAAAGAGCACCUCUACAACUUACACAAGGGAAAGAGUGUGGCCGGUGGUGAGAACACUCAAGAAGCAGAGGCUGAGACGAGAGGGAAGUACAAAUGUCCUCUUUGCCCUCGGCUUUUCAAGUACUCCUACAACCGGGCUCGACAUUUACGCUAUUGUGUCAGGGAUUCAGUAUGUGGUGGCAAGGACAAAGUUGGUGGUAAAUAUCGGUGUCCCUUGUGCCACACUACUUUUUCUCAACCAUCCAACCGAUACAGACAUAUUAAGGCAAUUUGCCUCAAAGACUGUCUUAAUCAACUUGCAAAGGAGAAGGCAAGAUCGAGGCAAAAGGUUGAACGGAAAAAAACAAACGAAAUUGAGCAGAAAACACAGUCAAAGGAAAAUGAGGAGAAAGCACUGUUGAAGGAAAAUGAACAGAAAAAACAAGCUGCCAAGCCUGUUCCACGUUACAAAUGCAAUCUUUGUCCAGCAGUGUUCUGUCAUGCUUCUGGAAAGUACAGACACAUGAAGAAACAUGAGUUGUUUAAAAUCACUGGCAAAAUGUUCCGGUACAGGAAUUCAGUGUUCUCUAUCAUGUCCAAACCAGCAACCUCAAGCAGUACAAAAACUGAAGAGAGAAAGGACAACUCAAAAUCACCCGAAGCAAAUGGCAUUCUUACCCUGAGUUGUCGUUUCUGUGGAAAAUGUUUCAGCACAUCACAGUCACUAAAGAAACAUGAGCGCAAUCACCGAGGUGAAAGACCAUACCGCUGUCUGGAAUGUGGAAAAGGAUUCAAGAAACGUGCCCAUCUGAUUGGUCAUAAAAUUGUUCACCAGAGGAGGAUACAGUGCACAGUCUGCAGAAAGAUUCUUCCAUCCAUUGGAGAACUGAUCCAGCACAGAAGCUCCCAUCUUAAAAGGGGAAUGCUUCAAUGCCCAGACUGUGAUCUACAGUUCCAGUAUCCUGUAUAUCUCCUCAGGCAUCUAGACUCCCACAAAAAUGGAGAAAACAAGGUACCUCAGCUUGAAGGGAGACCACCAUUAAAACCACAGCAGCACUUGAACUCUGUGAAAGAGCAGAAUGGACGAAGACAGCUACAAUGUUCCUUAUGCAAAGAGGUAUUUGACGAUGCUCAAGUACUAAGAAAGCACUGUCUUACCCACAUCUCCGGGUCCUCAUCAAACCAAUGUCCAUUUUGCAAACAUAGUUUCACUAACCGCCGCUAUUUGCUGCGCCACAUGAUCAGACAUACUGGAGACAAACCCUACUCCUGUUCAAACUGUGGAAAACAGUUUUACCGUUAUUUGUACCUUAAACUUCACAGUGAGAGGUGCUUGCCUGCUCAAACUAAACAUCUUGUCACAAUGGAGUCCAACACUAAGACAAAAAGGCCACAUCAGUGUUCCUAUUGUCCACGGGCAUUUUUUAAGAAAAUCCGCCUGAAAUGUCAUCUCCGAGGCCACAAGACAAACACGCUCCUUCUGUGCUCAAGAUGUGGCCAGUACUUUGGAUUUAGAAAAUUAAAUCAACAUCAGAGGAACUGCGGGGGUACUACAGGGCUCAACACUGUCUCUCCUAAUGGUGAUUUCAGUAAAAGCACUUCUCAGACAAACCAAAGUGUCUAUAAAAUGCCUUCGCAGUCCAAUGCAACCAAGAUGCUUCAGUUUAAAUGCCCUCACUGUACACAGAGGUUCAGGUACAGAUCGGUACUCUUGAGACAUCUUGUUUCACAUACUGGUGUGCAACCCUAUGCAUGUAUGCACUGUGGCCACAGAUUUAGAAGUCAGACAAUGUGUUUGCAACAUGAAGCUUUCUGUAAUGGAGUAUACACAGAGGGGCCAUCAAAAGGUAAAAGUGAUGCUGCACCAAACACAUUGAGCAUACCAACUGGCAGAGAGGCUGCACAGAAGCAAGCAGAAGGUGAAGCUGAGUACAAGUGCAAAUUCUGCACUAAGACUUUCAUGAAAUCACGAAACCUGAGACGUCACAUUUUGACACACAACGAAGUGAAACCUUAUCGCUGCAAAGCCUGUGACAGCUGCUUCUCAAGGUAUGAUCAUCUGAAAGUACAUCAGACUCGUUGUAAAGGGAAAAGGACGCGAUUGGAAGUCUGUAUUCCGAAAAUCAGUUUAGAUGAUGUUGGAAAGGGUUGGCAAAAUAGAUUUAACCUUAAGCCUGCUGAAAAGCAAGAGACAUUUGAGUGCAAAGCGUGUUCAAGAAUCUUCUCUACUCAGUCUAAACUUUCCCGGCAUGUGACUAUGUUCCAUGUUACAAAAUUAUUCAAGUGCACGCGCUGUGGCUCCUCAUUCGCUCAUGAAAAAUCUCUGAAGAAGCAUAGGAGGGUGAACAAGUGCAGAAAGGUCUCCAAUGAAAAAAAUGCUUCUUCACAACUUACAACUAAUCCACCGACAGAAAACGUGAUGGAACCUCUUCGUGGGUCAAGAAGUCGAAUUCUACAAAGGAUCAAGCCUUGUUUCAACAAAAAGUACAAAUUUGUAUGUAGUUAUUGUCCUCGUACUUUUGGAAACAGCUGGCAAUUGGGUGUGCAUACCCGCCUGCACACAGGAGAGAAGCCAUUUGCGUGUGAUUAUUGUGGCCAGAGAUUCAUAAGGAAGGAUUAUGUACAGCGUCAUUUUUCAAAGUGCCCCAAGAAACAACAGCAAAGUAAAGUGCUCUGUGACAGGUGUGGAGGGUUUUUCUCUGAAGUGAAGAUUGAAAAUCACAGACAAAUUUGCACUGUAACUCCAGACUUAUCGAAGACAACAGUUUGCCAAAACCAACAGUCAACCUCACAAAGCCCACCAAAAGGCUUUUCUUGUGCAUACUGUAGUUCGCGGUUUUUGCUGUUUUCACAGCUCCAAGAGCAUUUUUUAAAUGCACACAAGCUGGAAACAGUGGUUCCACCUGUGUCUACAGCACCCCUACAACAGCACCUGUCAAAUAUACCAAACAUCAAAGAAGAACCUUUGGAGGAGAUUUGUGAUGAACAGCGUAGUGAUGGUGCUAAUUUAAUCUGUAAAUUAGAUGAUACUCUGGAUAGGGACUUACUCAAACAGUUUUUCUGCCCAGAGUGCAAUAUGUCCUUUGCAAGUAAAGCUGGACUAACUGGUCAUCUGCGUGUACAUUCAAUGGAGCAUCCUUUUAACUGUAAAACAUGCAAGAAAGGCUUCUGGAAUAAAAGUCUUCUCCGUAAUCACUACAGGAAAUGUAGAGUUGGACAUAUUUCAGAGAGGAAUACAUCCCAACAGCUGGUAGUCCCUCUGAAAGCAGAGAUUGAUUUUGCGCUGAGUGACUCUGUUCUAGUUUUUAAAGACAGAUCUACAGCAACUGGAACUGGGGUUUUACAGACCAACUUUUCCUGCAAAGAUGACUCAAUGGAAGAAUCCCUGCAAAAUUCAGAAGGGAGUGAGGUGCAAAGCAGCUCAAAAAAUGAGAAUAAAACUGUGCAGUACCAAUGUUCUGAAUGUGAUAUGAGCUUCACUGAUGGCUUAUUGCUCAUUAGUCACCUUGAAGACCAUGGAAGACAGGAACAAGAGAAGAAGCGCAAUACAUGUAGCAAGUGUGGACGAGUGUGUGCAAGUCAAGGAAAUCUUGAAAAACACAUGAGGAUUCAUGGAAUUAUCCAGAAGUACCCUUGCCCUGACUGUUCCAAGGUGGUUUACUCCUUAUCUGAUCUUGAAAUCCAUAGAGCAUGUCAUGAUCCAAAUAGACCUUAUGUCUGCAAACUGUGUAAUCAAAGGUUUGGGACAAGACUGUCUUUAUGUAACCAUUACAGUGAAGACCAUCCAGAAGAUGUAUUUACUUGUCGCUUCUGUAAUAAGACCUAUGCAGUCAAAAAAUCACUGACAAGACACUAUAGAAAAUGGCAUCAAAAUGAGCAGAAGAAUCUUGUGAAUGAGAAGAGCAGCACUGAACAAUACAGCAGUCAAGUUAGUACAACAGGUGAAAGCGACGAGGAUGAAAAUAACGACAGUGAGGACAGCGACUCAGACUCUGCACCAUACUUCCCGUGCCAUGUGUGCGGCAAGACAUUUCCAACAUCAGAAAGUCUCGAGGAUCAUCAGCGGUGUCACCUGGGCGAAAAACCAUACGAAUGUGAAGAAUGUGGAAGGUGUUUUUUCCAGGCCUCCCAGCUGCAGCAGCAUCAGCGGAUGCACAAGUCUGAAUUUCAGUGCCAGGCAUGUGGCAGGGGUUUUGUCUCUCUCUUUGCACUGCGCAAACAUAAGCAUACUCAUGGGAAGAGCCGUCCAUACCGUUGCUCCAAGUGUGACCUCAGUUUCACAGGUCCCUCACAGUUAGCAGAACACAUGACUACCCACCGUGAAGAGAACUUCCCAUGUGAUAUAUGCAAUCGUGUGUUUCUCUCAAAGAGCAGUAGAGCCGAACAUCGGAAAAGCCACUCCAAGUCAGGCAACCACCCCCCACCUUCAUUUGCAAGGGCAGGGCAUGAAAAGUCUCUUACACCUUCUGAAAGCCCAUCAGUAUUGACCAAAGAACUUAAAUAUCGCUGCGGUGUUUGUAAUGAUCGUUUCAAAGACCCGGAGGAGCUCUCUGAGCAUGGUUGCAUGGCAACCAAAGAGCGCCCUUACUCGUGUUCAGACUGCAAUAAACAUUUUCUUCAUGCAUCUCACCUGAAAAAGCACAGGGCCACUCAUCCAAUGUCAUGGCCAAGUGAUAGUGAAUAUCCGUGCAAUCAGUGCAACAGCAGUUUCUCCUCCUCUCAACUCUUUCUCAACCAUCUUAAGACCCAUGUUGAUCCUGCAACAGAAAUUAACCAUAGCACUGAAAGUAAAGAUAGAGGACAUUCACACAGUUUCAUAUGUCCAGUUUGCCAUAUGUGUUAUGCCAAUGCCACUGAACUGAUUGGUCAUUUUCCCACGCAUGCUGAUAUUACAUUUGAAUGCAAAAUGUGCAAAAUGACAUUUCCCUCUGGACGCUUGCUCAAAGAACAUGAGCGCCGUCAUCUGACAUCAGCUACCGAAUUUGAAUGCACAGAGUGUGGCCAGAGCUUUUUGGGAAGUGACACUUUCCGCCAGCACCACUGUUCAGCUAAGACAUCUCCUCCAACCCAUUAUCAACCAGCAGGAGACGAGGAGGAGAUUGACGUUACUGGAGAGGACUUGUUCAAAUGCCCUUGUUGCUCAAUGCAGUUCUCCACCAAAAGUGGUCUCCUGGAGCAUCAAAACCAACAGCACCCAAAUGACAGGCCAUUCAAAUGUGAGCUUUGUGGGAAAACAUUUGCAGUGUGGCGGUACCUUAGAGAUCACAAGCGAAGGCAUCAGUUAAAGCUGGCUACUCAAAACACUGCUCGGUCGGCCAACAACAAGUUGAAAUGUGCCCAGUGCCGCAACGAAUUCAAUACAGCACAAGAUCUGUCUUUGCAUAUGAGACUGCACGCUGAAAAAGAAGUUGGGGAAUACCGGUGUGAUAUGUGCUACAAGUCAUUCAGCCACUGGACUCUUCUUAAGCAGCACCAAGAAAGUCAUGUUGGAGAAGUUGUAUAUGAGUGCACAGAAUGUGACAAAGCCUUUGCUUUUCCUCACCUACUGGAGGAACAUCAACAGACUCAUGCUGGUUCCUCUCAGUAAUGAUUGUUAGAUACCAUCUACCUUAUCUACCCUUUUUUAAACAACUGUAACUGUAAAGUAACUUGAAAUCCCUUUCAUGCCUUACAUCUGACUGUGUACCUCCACUGGCAAUCAAAAUAUAGAUCCAGUUUGCAUUUGGGCCCUUGUUACACACACACACACACACACACACACACACACACGCACAAACCUGUUGACUCAUGUCAGAUAGAGCAUCUUCUCCUGAGUUUCUGUUUUUAGUUCUGAUAUUGGGAUUUGUAUAAAAUAAAUUAGCCACAUAGUUUCUUGACAGUAAUUGUAUAUGUAUGACAAAGUUGUGUAAAGCUGUUUACUAUUCUGUUGAAUACAAAGCAUGAUGGGAUAAGAUGUUUAUAAAAUGUCUUGAGCAAAAGCUGAAUUUUCUGAUCAAAUAUGAUCAUUUCUGAUGUUUGAAAUUUAUUUAAAAUUAAGUUUUAGCCAGUUUUGUUGCUAAUAUGUAAAAUAGACUCCAAACUAGUUGUUUUAAUCUACUGGUAUUUUCUAUGGUAUGGUUAUCCAUGUACUAUAGAUAAUUUUGUAAUUUUUAGUUCAUCAUUUCCCUUUGUUUAUCAUGGGUUGCAUUUUGUGAUAUUGAUAAAUAUCUUGUACAGACACUCAAAAGAUGAGUAAUUGGUUAUCCUUUUGACAACCCAAGAAUGUUACUUUUCCUAAGAAAUUUAAGUUGAUGCGUUCAACGAAGAAGUAAAGUCAACUAGAAAAUCA